AUGAUCUUUUGUGGCACCCUGCUAGUGGCACAGUGUCUACUCUUGUUUGGCGGUAUGGCGAGCUCGGUGUCUGAACGCCUGUGCAGCGUUCUAGCGGCAAUAUCGCACUUCUUGUGGUUGACUACUUUCACCCUGUCUUCUUCAAUCGCAUACGAUCUCCGUCGAACCUUUGGAUUCAGCAAGACGAUCAGGGUAUUGACAACAAAUCGCAAAGUCCUCCUAUUUUACUUAUCAUUAGCCGCAGGGUUGCCUCUGCUGAUUGUGGCUACCUGUCUGGCCCUGAUGUUCUCCGUAGAAGGCAUUGAUUUGCAUUACGGCGACGAACAAACAUGUUGGAUUGGCGGAGGGCAAGCUAAUCUCAUAGCGUUCGGCGUCCCAGUCCUUGUGUUGCUGGUGUUCAAUUUCUCCUGUUUCUUGGAUACGAUGCGUGGCAUAUUGAAGAGCAAGAGGGAAAGGAGGACCUUGCAAGAGGGAACAGAAAACCAGAAGGACCACCAGGAACUCCUCAAAAUUGCCGUUAAGAUCUCUUCACUCAUGGGCUUCACAUGGAUGUUCGGCUUCAUAGCUGCUUUCAGCAAACAGCAAGCUGUCUGGUUUGUUUUUAUCAUCAUCAACUCACUCCAAGGAGUUUACAUAUUUCUGGCUUUCGCUGCUACCCGCAGAGUCUUCGAUCUGUGGCGUGGCCUAGUGAUGGGCAAGUCGUCAGGUACAAGCCUGCAUGACUCCUCUCAGCGGAUCAAAGAUAGGACGACGACGACCUCUGUACGAAGUACAUCCAUAUGAUUGGGUGGACGUCUGGGUUUUGGAUUAAACAAAAACCGCAUCUGCCUUAAUUGACACCACCCGCUAUAUAAAAUCUCGACCGAU